CGGCCAUGCAGACGUGCGCCAGGGCCUGGGCGCUGCGCCUGGGCCGCGGACCCGGGGGCGGCCGGCACCUGGUAGGGGUCGGGGGACGGCGUUGGGCAACCCUGGGCCGGGACAGCGGCAGUGGAGGGGACAGCAGCAAAGGGGCCUCACGCCUCCUGGAGCGCCUCCUGCCCAAUCAUGACGACUUCGCACAGAGGCACAUCGGCCCUGGGGACAAAGACCAACGAGAGAUGCUGCAGGCCCUGGGACUGGCGAGCAUUGAUGAGCUGAUAGAGAAGACGAUCCCCGCCAGCAUCCGCUUGAAGAGACCCUUGAGGAUGGAAGACCCCGUGUGUGAAAAUGAAAUCCUUGCAACUCUGAAUGCCAUUUCCAGCAAAAACCAGAUUUGGAGAUCAUAUAUUGGCAUGGGCUAUUACAACUGCUCAGUGCCACAGACAAUUGUGCGGAACUUACUGGAAAACUCAGGAUGGAUCACCCAGUAUACUCCGUACCAGGCAGAGGUGUCUCAGGGCAGGCUGGAGAGUUUACUCAACUACCAGACCAUGGUGUGUGACAUCACAGGCCUGGACAAUGCCAAUGCAUCCCUGCUGGAUGAGGCAACAGCAGCAGCUGAGGCAAUGCAGUUGUGCCACAGAUACAACAAGAGGAGGAAAUUUUUUGUUGACCCUCGUUGCCACCCACAGACAAUAGCUGUCGUCCAGACUCGAGCCAAAUAUACUGGAGUCCUCAUUGAACUGCAGUUACCCUAUGAGAUGGACUUCAGUGGCAAAGACAUCAGUGGAAUCCUGUUCCAGUACCCUGACACUGAGGGGAAAGUGGAAGACUUCACAGAACUUGUGGAGAGAGCCCAUCAGAGUGGGAGCCUGGCCUGUUGUGCUACGGACCUUUUAGCCCUGUGUAUCUUGAAGCCUCCUGGAGAAUUUGGGGUGGACAUUGCCCUGGGAAACUCACAGAGAUUUGGGGUACCCUUGGGCUAUGGGGGACCCCACGCAGCCUUUUUUGCUGUCAGAGAAAACUUGGUGAGACUGAUGCCGGGGAGAAUGGUCGGGGUGACAAGAGAUGCUGUUGGGAAAGAAGUAUAUCGCCUUGCUCUUCAAACCAGGGAGCAACACAUCCGGAGAGACAAGGCCACCAGCAAUAUCUGUACAGCUCAGGCCCUCUUGGCGAAUAUGGCUGCCAUGUUUGCAAUAUACCAUGGUUCCCGCGGGCUGGAGCAAAUUGCAAGGAGGGUACAUAAUGCCACUCUAAUUUUGUCUGAAGGUCUCAAGCGUGCAGGGCAUCAACUCCAGCAUGACUUGUUCUUCGACACCUUGAAGGUUCAGUGUGGCUGCUCAGUAAAGGAAGUCUUGGAUAGGGCCACUCAGCAGCAAAUCAAUUUCCGGCUCUUUGAGGAUGGCACACUUGGUAUUUCUCUUGACGAGACAGUUAAUGAGAAAGAUCUGGAUGACUUGCUGUGGAUCUUUGGCUGUGAGUCAUCUGCAGAACUGGUUGCUGAAAGCAUGGGAGAAGAGCAGAGAGGUAUCCCAGGGACUACAUUCAAGAGAACUAGCCCGUUCCUCACACAUCAAGUGUUUAACAGCUAUCACUCAGAAACAAAUAUCAUCCGGUACAUGAAGAGACUGGAAAACAAAGACAUUUCCCUUGUUCACAGCAUGAUUCCACUGGGAUCCUGUACCAUGAAGCUCAACAGUUCCUCUGAACUCACACCAAUUACAUGGAAAGAAUUUGCAAAUAUCCACCCCUUUGUUCCUCUGGACCAAGCUCAAGGGUACCAGCAGCUUUUCCAAGAGCUUGAAAAAGAUUUGUGUGAACUUACGGGCUAUGACCGAAUCUCUUUCCAACCUAACAGUGGAGCCCAGGGGGAAUAUGCUGGGCUGGCCACUAUCCGUGCAUACUUGGACCAGAAAGGAGAGGGGCACAGAACAGUUUGCCUCAUUCCGAAAUCAGCACAUGGGACCAAUCCGGCAAGUGCCCACAUGGCAGGCAUGAAGAUUCAGCCAGUGGAGGUGGACAAAUAUGGUAAUAUCGACGCAGCCCACCUCAAGGCCAUGGUGGGUAAACACAAGGAGAACUUGGCAGCCAUUAUGAUCACGUAUCCAUCCACCAACGGGGUGUUUGAAGAGAAUAUCAGUGAUGUGUGUGACCUGAUCCACCAGCAUGGAGGACAGGUUUACCUAGAUGGAGCAAACAUGAAUGCUCAGGUGGGACUUUGUCGUCCUGGAGACUUUGGGUCUGACGUCUCGCACUUAAAUCUUCACAAGACCUUCUGCAUUCCCCAUGGAGGAGGUGGCCCUGGCAUGGGGCCCAUUGGAGUGAAGAAGCAUCUUGCCCCCUUCCUGCCCAGCCAUCCCAUCAUUGCAGGGAAGCCAGAAGUGGACACGCAGUCUGUGGGCAUCGUGAGCGCAGCUCCAUGGGGUUCCAGCUCCAUCCUGCCUAUUUCCUGGGCAUACAUCAAGAUGAUGGGAGGCAAGGGCCUUAAACAGGCCACGGAAAUUGCUAUAUUAAAUGCCAACUACAUGGCCAAGAGAUUAGAAAAACACUACAGAGUCCUUUUCAGAGGUGCAAGAGGGUAUGUAGCUCAUGAAUUUAUUUUGGACACAAGACCCUUUAAAAAGUCUGCAAAUAUUGAGGCCGUGGAUGUGGCCAAGAGGCUUCAGGAUUAUGGAUUUCAUGCCCCUACCAUGUCCUGGCCUGUGGCAGGGACCCUCAUGAUUGAGCCCACUGAGUCAGAAGACAAAGCAGAGCUGGACCGAUUCUGUGAUGCCAUGAUUAGCAUUCGGCAAGAAAUUGCUGACAUUGAAGAGGGCCGCAUUGACCCCAGGGUCAACCCACUGAAGAUGUCUCCACACUCCCUGACCUGUGUCACAUCCUCCCACUGGGACCGGCCAUAUUCCAGAGAGGUGGCGGCAUUCCCACUCCCCUUUGUGAAACCAGAGAACAAAUUCUGGCCAACCAUCGCCCGGAUUGAUGACAUAUAUGGAGACCAGCACUUGGUGUGCACCUGCCCACCCAUGGAGGUUUACGAGUCCCCGUUUUCUGAACAGAAGAGGGCCUCUUCUUAGUCCUCUCUCCCCUAAUGUCAAAUGCCUGACUUGAUGCCUCUGUCCGGAACAUUUGAUAAGCAAGAAGCAUUUUAUUACCCACCCCAGACUCAAGUAGGGGGUUUUAUAUACUGGGUAUAUUUUUGUAAUCUCUGUCAAGGUAAAUGUAAAUACUGUGAGUACAGUGAGUGGAAGCUGAUCGUUGGAAGAUGGUUUUCUUCAGUGCCCCUGCUUCCACAUGUAGCAGUUUGUGUUCAGUUUGCCACUUAGUUUUUUGCAUAGAAAAUUUUGGGUGUGCUAGGAGCUUUUAACUUUCAAAGUAGGAAGUUUGCCGACGUUAUAGGGCUAUGCUGGAGAUUCAAUAGCUAUAUUUUUGUUCCAAAUAAGUCCUUGUGGGCUGUGCCAUCUGUGGAAAAUCCCAGGGCAAAUGUUUACAUUUUCUAUACACUGAAGACAUAUUUUUCCUCCAACUAAUUUGCCUAAUCUGAAAUAGCAUUUGACUGUUUUCCUCUUUAUCUGUGUCUGUUUUUUAUCUGCAUUUCUUACUAUCCUAAUAAAAGCAUUUCAAUUUGAAGAA